AUGUCCCUCUUAAAACUCACAGCCGCCAUGGAGAGUUUGAGUGCCAAGCUCGCCUUCCGACAACAGCACGGGAGCGCGGUCGCGGCCGCAGCCAGCCCGGCCGAGGCCCUUGUGGACCAUGCCGAGCCUCGGUAUGACAUCGAUGAGAACAUUGGCUUCAUCGGUGCCGGCCAGAUGGGCGAGGCCAUGAUCCGCGGCUUCCUGGAGUCUGGCGUGUCUCAUCCCUCCCGCCUGUCUGCCUCGGUGCGGUCCAGCGCCCGCGCCACGGCGCUGUCCCGCCUGGGCGUCACCCGCGUGUUCCAGGACGCGGUCAAGUCCGGUGGCGCGGCGGCGCUGGCCGCCUCGGCCCGCGUCAUCUUCCUGGGCGUCAAGCCGCAGGGCCUGCCCGAGGUGCUGGCCGCGCUGGCCCCUCACGUCGGCCCCCAGCACCUGGUGGUGUCCAUCGCGGCGGGGGUGCGCCUGGCCACGCUGGAGGCGGGGCUGGGCGCGGGCGUGCGCGUCGCACGCGUCAUGCCCAACACGCCCAUGCUGGUGGGCCAGGGUGCCAGCGCCUACGCGCUGGGCUCCGCCGCGGGCGAGCGCGACGCGGCGCUGGUGCACGCCCUGCUCUCCGGCGUGGGCAUGGCCCUGCACGUCGACGAGCGCUGCAUGGACGCGGUGACGGGGGUCUCCGGCUCCGGCCCCGCCUACGCCUACAUGAUGAUCGAGGCCAUGGCCGACGGCGGGGUGCAGGCGGGGCUGCCGCGCGCCACCGCGCUUGCGCUCGCCGCCAAGACCGUGGCGGGGGCCGCGGCCAUGGUGCUGGGCGAGGGCGCCGACGGCGCCCUCGAUCUCACACACCCCGGCGUGCUCAAGGACCGCGUGGGGUCGCCGGGCGGCACCACCAUCGCCGCCAUCGCGGAGCUGGAGAACAGCGGGGUCAGGGGCGCUUUCAUGCGCGCCGUGCGCGCCGCCGCCGAGCGCUCCGCCGCCAUGGGCUGA